UGAACAGAAGCCGUUAGAGCCAGUCUGCUAGCUUGAUGCCAUGACCGCUGGUGAGAUGAGGCAGGAUCUUGCCUGCUAGACGCGCAGAUGGACGCUGAAACAGGCCAAGCUGAAAGUCUCCGACAAACUAGAGCUGAUCGCCUGAAGACUGUCCUAUCAAGGGCGGCUCCAGAGGUUGCAGUGGAGGAAAGCUCCAAGAGGCGCUACACUUCGAGACUGUGCCAGUACCUGUCCGACUUCGGAAGAUGGUUGGCACAACCCUACAACGUUGACAUCGAGCCUCCAGACAGUGAUGAUGAGAGGAACGACGGCAAGCAGGAGGAGGAGGUGGUUCAAAAGACAUGGCGAGAGAAGUUGCAGACUGUGGUGGUGAGCAAUGGAUUUGAGGCAACAAGCUGCCUUUUUGUCACAGUGAACCUUGCCUUUUUGGGCGUUCAAGCCAAUUGCAAUGAUGCAUGUGGGACCUAUACCACUGCUCUCUUGAUUGCAUUUGAUGAUGCGUUUACCACCAUUUUUCUGAUAGAAUGGCUCCUUUGUGUUGCAGCACACGGUCGGUCCUACUUUUACUCCAUCUCCAACUUGCUGGACACUGUGAUUGUUUGGCUCUUUGGCGUUUUUUUUGCUCUGGAUCGCUCCAUUGAUCUUCGGUGCAGAAGGCCUAGCAGCGUUGCAAGCGAUCCGCGCCAUCAGGGCCAUGCGCUCCCUCAGAUCCUUCAAGGUGUUGAGGCACUUCCAAAGUUUCCGCAUGCUCCUGACGGGUGUGCUUGGGACGAUUCCCACCUUGAGUGCCUGCAUCUUGAUGAUUUUUUUGACAGAUCUGACCUUUGGCAUCAUUUCUGUGGAUAUUAUAGGACGAGACCCAGGUUGGGGCUUGGCCGCCUCUGGAACUGCCGCGUGGUAUUUCCAAAAUGGCGUGCUGCAGGCGAGCCUGACCAUGUCGCGCUUCAUUUUCAGCGACAAUGCAGUCCAGCUUAUCGAGGAUCUUCAAGUGAAGCAACCCUACAUUUGGAUAUACUGCUUCUUAUUUAUGGCCAUUGCAGCCUAUGUAAUCUUGAACUUGGUGACCGCGGUUAUUUGCGAUAAAGCCCAAAUGAUUGUAAAUGAGAACGAGGCUGAGAAGCUCUUUGAAAUGCGCAUGGAAGAGAAGAAAAACAUGAAAGACUUGAAGAGGAUUUUCCAAGUUCUCGACGAAGAUGGAAGUGGCCAAGUAACCACUGAGGAGUUUGAUGCCGCUUUUGAGAUUCCAGAGUGCAGGGAUAAGUUCUUCUUGCUGGGCUUUGAGGAGGAGGAAAUGAAGCAACUGUUCAGAGUUCUGGACGACGAUGGUGAGGGCGAGUUGAGUGUGGCAGAGUUCUUGAAGGGGAUGGCUCAAGUACAAGGAGACUGCGAUUCCAAGUCCAUGCUGGUUGCAACCAAGAGCCUGGAGAAGGUGUUGUUGGGCUUUGACAAGGUUGCGGGAUCGCGCACACAGAAGUCCGUCAAACCCAGCUUGGAAGACCUUGGAGAGCUGGUAGAGCAAAACUUGAGCGAAUGGCUCGAUGAAAUUGAGAGUCUCACCUUUGAGCGUUUGGAGGAGAUAGACCGUCAUGUGAAAGGCAUGACAUUGAAGGCCGAUGGAUUUCAGAAGAAGCUCGACAUCAUCGAGUCCUUGCCAGCUCUCCAGAGGGAGGGUGAUCCAGUCGAUGAAGCUAGAGAGGGGUGAUGCCUUGGACUCAGAACCUUAGAGCAUUCUGUGCGGC